CCUCCCACUCUAUACACCACGCACCAUGUUCCGCUCUCUGCCCCUCCUCCGCGCCGCCCGCCCCGCCCUCAGAACACCCGCCCUCCGCGCACUCCGCCCCCAGCCCGCCCAACAAGCCGCCUUCAAGCCCGCCCUCGCCCUCCGCGCCUACUCUGCCGCCGCCGGCCUCAGCAAGGAGGACAUCACCAAGCGAGUCUUGGAGGUCUUGCAGGACUUUGAGAAGGUGGACGCUACCAAGGUGAGUCGUCGGUCCGCAUGCGGGGGGUGGAAGGGAGAGCCGUGGAAGUGGAGGUUUGGGGAAAUAACGGAGCGCUGAUUGGGUUACAUCCUAUUCCCGCCUUGAUCCUUCUUUGCUACCCCCACUAUCACUACGGCCCUCGCUACUUGCGUUGUGCAGCUCACAAACAACGCCUCCUUCACCACCGAUCUCGGUCUCGACUCUCUUGAUGCUGUUGAGGUCGUCAUGGCCAUUGAGGAGGAGUUUGCUAUCGAGAUUCCCGAUGCCGAGGCCGAUGAGAUCACCACUGUGCAGAAGGGUAAGUGGAUUUUCCACUUGAUGUUUUGAAGGCUGCGAGUGUUGGGGAAGGCUUGCGCUUGCAUCUCACCGAGUGAUCCAGAAGCUGACUUGUGUUCUACAGCUAUUGACUACAUCUCCAACUCUCCCGAAGCCCACUAAAUUCUCUUGCCACUCAUAAUCACAUCUCCAUACGAUAUGCACUUGAAGGUUUAUGAUUACGCGAGUGGCUCGCCCUUUCUUAGACCGACGCAGAGCAGGCGCAUGGGGAGCUAUAAGGGAUGGUGUAUGUCCGAGCGAUGGCACUGACAAUUGGUGUUUGGCGCGCCAUGUCGGGAAGGCUAUAACUACACUCAUACAUAAUUGACGUAUCACAAAGCUGUCCCUGCUCAUAAAGUCCUUCUGACAUAUAAUCCCAAGCCUGAAACCCAUUACACGAUCCACCCCUUCUUCUCACCCCAAGCCAC